AUGAGGACGCCAGUGGGUUUUGCUUUCUUGUCUUUUAUAAUCAGUAUGGUAUUUGCUGACUGCAUUCGUCGAGCUGGAGAGUGCACUGGAGAUUGUGAAGAAGGCACCUACUUUUACGCCACUGGUUGUGGUUAUUUGACUCGAGAACCAACGUGUUAUGAACCCAAUCCCCAACCAGACACGACUAUCAAUAUUUGCGACUACUAUGAUUGUUACUGCAACCCUCCGACGGUGCGUAAUACGCAGACCGGGAAAUGUGUUAAUUUGAAAGAUUGCAACUAA